GCGGGGUCCCGUUCUAGCCACCGCUCGGCCUCUUCGACCUCUAUCCGCUGGAUAGCAGGCGUUAAUGAACAAUUUCAUAGUAGAUGAGCUACAGAAAGAGUUUGACCAGAUGGUCGCCUUUUUCCUCUUUGAGAAUACCAUCGCCUUCAAGGCUGCGAGAUUCGACUCGCAUAAAAACAUGGAAAGGAUCAUGAACCUGGCGGCUAGAUCAAGGAAGAUGUUGCGAUUGCCAGGAUACAGGUACUUGAGGACGAAGGCCCUGCCCACGGAGUACAAAGUCGUGGAUCACGAUUUGGAUAAGAUUCGUGAGUCGUGGGAUGUCACAGGCUUAACCUUGAAGACAUACGAUACAACGAUGACCAACAACAAGCUGGUCAUCAACUUCCUUGCAGUCCGCGAUUCAGGGGCUGUCAUGGAGAGGAGCGUGGACAUGGAGGGGAAGGAUAAGUCGGCGCCAGCUUUGGCAAGGAUGUGGGAGGAGCGGGCAAUGGGAUUUGCCAUGUACCUUGCUCGAUAUUCUUUAUGCCCUGAUGAAGAUCAUGGACAGACAUGGGAGGAUGGGUCUGCAGGUGUGGUCUUUGAGGAUCACGUUGGAAAAGAGAAUGGUCGUGCUGCCUAUGGAUUGCGAGACAAGGGAGUUCGUGAUGACGAAGAUGCUUGUCUUUAUCCAUUGGAACAAGAAGUUACUGCGCAUGUCAAGGGUGAAGAUGGAUUCGUUAGCACUGAGGGCCUCGAGUGCGAGACACCAGAGGACGAGGCGUCCUUUGAUGGUUUCAUGCGAGACAGAGAGUACGACACCGUGGAGGUGAAGAGGAGGGCCGCUAAUUGGUCCAAAUCUCGCGACCGCAGAUUGAAGGGUACCAAAUUCAACGUUCAUGAGCUUCAGGAGGAGAGGGUGGACGACGGGGCAUGGCUCCUUUAUCUUUCCUACCGCCCUCGCCGUCUCGCGGACGAUGACCGCAGGAAGAGCAUUGUUGUCGAUGAUCACAACGUGAAGGAGAGCCACGUCAGCGAGGGUGACACUGAGCUACUCGAAGUACGGCUCACAAACAUUCGGUCCACCAGGUGCUCAAGCGGCAGCUCAUGUUCCACUAGACACGAUGACAUCACGCCACGGACGGUCCUUGCAUCCGAUAGGCCUUUGGCAACUGCUUCAGUGGCAUUGGCCGAUGACGCUGUUGUUCGUACACGACGACGGAGUUCCGCGUCAGGUGGUGUGGCUUCAGUGCAGGGCACCAACACACUAUUGGGCGCACAACUCACCCCUCAUCGACGAGUUGUGCUCGAGGAGAUACCUACGGGUUGCAGGAUGAAAAACGGGGAAUUGGUGAACGUUCAAGGGGAUAAUGGUGCCGUGGAGGUUGAUGCAGACUUCGAUGUGUGUGUGGAUGUUCAGGUUCGUGGCACUGCAGAACAUGCGGACGGAGACAUCGGUGCGGAUAUAGACGACCGGGUCCUGGAACUGCGGAGGACACCGAGGCUGCAAGCGAUGAUGUAUUCUCCACUCCUGACCCGGGGUUGGGGAUGGGGGAGGGGUUCGCCUCCCUAUUGCACCACAUGGCCCCCAUUGCAGCGAGCGGCUCCAAACAAGGACUUCCAUAAACACCUGUUUGCGAUGUCCCCCAUUUGGAUUGAUUUCGAGUAACCGACUUCUGAUUGGGCCAGAUUCACUGGACCAACCCCACCCGGUCUACAAUUGAGCGAGGACAUUCCAACAGAGGC